GUACAAUGGGUAACACCAAGAGGAAGAGAAAAAGAAGCAGUCAAAGUUGAGCUCGAAAACAAGAAAUGGAACGAAGCAAAGCGAAACUUCCUAGACUUUUUUGAUCAGAAAUUGUACCGUUUCACAGCGUUCUCAUGAAGACCCACCACGAAUAUAUCCACUCUUGACAUCCUCUACAUAGCCCCAUAGUUUUCUUACGCCUUCCCUUCCCAGGGAAAGAAGGAAGAGACAGAAAAGAGGAAGAGGGAGAAGAGAUGAGCAGAAAUGGAAGAGUGGAGAAGGCUCUUAGCAGCCUGGGGAAGGGAUUCGAUUUAACAUCGGAUUUUCGACUCAAGUAUUGCAAAGGAAAGGAAAGGCUCAUUUUGCUCAACGAAACUGAGAGAAGAGAGAUUGCCAUACCUGGAUUUGGAGCUGUCAAAGACGUUCCUGUUGAUAUCAAAUGCGACAAAGGUGAUCGCACUCGUUAUCAGUCUGAUAUUCUUGAUUUCAAUCAGAUGGCGGAGUUUUUCAACCAAAAAUGUUCUCUGCCUGGGAAAAUUCCAUCAGGGCAAUUCAAUAGAAUGUUUGGUUUCCAAAGCAGUUCAUGGGCAAAAGAUGCAGCCAAUACCAAAUUCUUAGGCCUUGAUGGAUAUAUCAUCAUAUUGUUCAAUCUUCAUAUUGAUCGCUAUCCGCUCCUUCUCUCUGAUGAAGUCGUUAAUGCAGUUCCUUCUGCUUGGGAUCCUUGUGCCCUAGCAAGAUUCAUUGAGAAAUAUGGGACUCAUGUCAUUGUGGGGUUAAGCAUUGGUGGUCGAGAUGUCGUUUUGGUUAGGCAGGACAAAUCUUCCAACUUGGAGCCUUCACAGCUCAAGAAACAUCUCGAUGACCUUGGAGACCAAUUAUUUACAGGCACCUGCAGCUUUACCCCCAAAACCAAAGAGCAAAAGCAAAAGGUACCACAGGCUUUCAAUAUCUUCGAUUCAGAACCUGUUGCCUUCAAUGGCUACCACUCCAAUAUCAGUACCAAAGAUGGAAUCAUUGUUAUAAAUUCAAAGAAGGGAGGUGACCUAGAAGCUUAUAGCCAUUGUGAGUGGCUUCCAACAGUUCCACAAAUGCCUGAUGCCAUUCAUUUUAACUUCAUUCCCAUCACUUCUCUCCUCAAAGGUGUCCCUGGCAAAGGUUUCCUAUCACAUGCCAUCAAUUUAUACCUUCGAUACAAGCCUUCUAUAGAGGAUCUACGGUACUUUCUUGACUUCCAAGCACACAAGAUUUGGGCGCCCAUCCACAAUGACCUUCCGCUUGGUCCUUCUCCAAAAAGGGCUUCUUCAACCCCAGCUCUUCAUUUCAACUUAAUGGGUCCUAAGCUUUAUGUAAACACUUCUCAGGUCACAGUAGGGAUGAGACCUGUCACUGGGAUGCGCUUGUAUCUUGAGGGCAUGAAAUGCAAUAGGCUAGCUAUACACCUUCAACAUCUGUGCAAUCUACCAAAAACAUUCGAAAACAAGAUGGACGACAUACAAUACUGGCAAGCAUCAGAAGAUACAGCUGAUGUUCGAUUCUUCGAAGCUAUUCAUCACAAAAAGUUUUCUCACAUAUGCACAGCCCCGGUUAAAUAUAAUCCGAAAUGGACUGCUGGCAAAGAUGCUGUCUUCAUUGUCACGGGUGCUCAACUUCAUGUAAAGAAACAUGACUCCAAGAGUGUUCUCCAUCUUAGACUGUUGUUUUCCAAGGUCUCGGAUUCUUUCCUGGUGCAAUCAAGCUGGGCACAAGCUGCCUCUGGGUUUUCCCAAAGGUCUGGUUUACUUUCAGCCAUAAGCCAAUCCUUGACAGGCAACCCUGUCAAAGAAAAGAAGGAGGUGGUUGUGGUGGAUUCCGCCGUGUACCCAACAGGGCCGCCGGUGCCAGUUCAAACACCAAAGCUAUUGAAGUUUGUGGAAACCUCACAGUUAUGCAAAGGGCCGCAAGAUAGUCCAGGGUAUUGGCUGGUUACGGGUGCCAGGCUACAAUUGGAGAAAGGGAAGAUCAGCCUGCAUGUAAAGUUCUCUUUGUUAAAUAUAUGUUAGCCAAAAAGACUAAUUUGGGGAUUAAAGUGAUAGAAAACUGUAGUAUUAAUGUCAUUUUUUUUAUUUGUCAUUUCACCUUGGGGGAAUGUGGUUGUUUAAAGCAAAGAUGGAGUUUUGUUUGACCUGAAACCAAAAGGUUAUUAAGUUAGGGGAAGUUUUGUUAUAAGCCUAGGCACAAUAUGGUUUUGAUGUGUAAUUUCCUGUAAAAUGUACAUAUACAAAUAUUUUUAAUGGA